CAAAAAGGCUCGCAUUCCCUCACCUUUCCUCAUCCUCUCUCUCUAGCUCUCUCUUCCCUCGCUCUGCGCUGCACUGCAAGGUCGAGUACGACACGAACAUAUAUAUAUAUAUAUAUAUAUAUAUAUAUAUAUAUAUAUAUAUAUAUAUAUAGAUCCAUGGCUUCUUCUUACUUGUGGAUUAAUAUUGGAUGUGUGGGUUUGGUGAUGAUGUGCUCUGGAAUCAUGGGCGCUGCCCCGAAGAAGGCCAUAGAUGUCACAUUUGGCAGAAACUAUGUGCCCACGUGGGCUUUUGAUCAUAUCAAGUAUUUCAGCGGAGGCUCUGAGAUUCAGCUCGUCCUGGAUAAAUACACAGGUACUGGCUUUCAAUCCAAGGGCUCUUACUUGUUCGGCCAUUUUAGUAUGCGAAUAAAAAUGGUUCCCGGGGACUCUGCAGGAACAGUAACUGCUUUCUAUCUAUCUUCUCAAAAUUCAGAGCACGAUGAAAUAGACUUCGAGUUUUUGGGCAACAGAAGCGGGCAGCCCUAUAUUUUGCAGACAAAUGUCUUCACCGGAGGAAAGGGAGACCGAGAGCAACGAAUUUACCUUUGGUUUGACCCCACGAAAGACUACCACUUCUACUCUGUUCUCUGGAAUUUAUAUCAGAUUGUAUUUUUCGUCGAUGACGUCCCAAUCAGAGUGUUCAAGAACUGCAAAGAUUUGGGUGUAAAAUUUCCGUUCAACCAGCCAAUGAAGAUAUAUUCGAGCCUGUGGAAUGCGGACGACUGGGCAACAAGGGGUGGGCUGGAGAAGACGGACUGGUCAAAGGCCCCCUUCGUGGCUUCCUAUAGAGGAUUUCACAUUGACGGCUGCGAGGCGUCGGUGGAGGCCAAGUUCUGCGCCACUCAGGGCAGUCGGUGGUGGGACCAGAAGGCCUUCCAGGACCUCGACGCUCUUCAGUACCGCCGCCUCCGCUGGGUUCGCCAGAGGUUCACUAUCUACAACUACUGCACUGAUCGGGUUAGAUACCCAAAUGUCUCACCCGAAUGCGCACGAGACAGGGACAUCUGAAUUCUGAACCAUCUGAGUUCCUCCCUUUUCCCGCCUCUCUUCCCCACACAAAAAAACAAAUCAUCCAAAUUCCCCACUAAUCAUUUAUUAUGAUAUUCAUCUGUUUUAAAUUUAAGAUCGGACUCUAUUCCAACAUAUCAAAAUAAAUUGCAUUAUGAUUUAUAUUC